AUGCCCGCAUAUUGGUCACUUGGUUUUCAAUUAUCAAGAUAUGGUUAUACAGGUCUUGACGAGGUCAAAACGGUAGUUCAGCGAAACUUAGAUAAAAAAAUUCCUCUUGAAGUCGUCUAUGCAGACGUCGAUUAUAUGGAAAGAUACGCCGACUUUACACUAGGCGAUGUAAAAAUUUUAUUAGAAUUUCAUAAAACUUCCAGUGUUGACGGUUUUGCUGAGCAGUUCUUCUCACUUCAGAAAUGGAAAGGUUUUGGUAAUUACGCUGAAGAACUCCAUAAUAAAAACAUAAAGGUUAUCCUCAUUUUUGAUCCUGCAGUUGACGUGACAACAGAAGCGUUUCAGGAAGCUCUCGAAGCAAAUGUUUCGUUUAUCGAGUACCGGAAUGAAUCUCUUGUGCAAAGUGAAGUUAACAAGAAUUACACCGACACCAACGGCACAAAAGUAACGUGUUUAAAGUAUUUAGGGAACAAAAUUACGAAUAGCCAAGUUUCGAAUAUUCGUUUUGAUUUUCAAUGCAAUCUGAACAGUUGACA